AUGUUGCCAAAAGGGCCAGUUCCGCCAUCGGGACCUAGCGGAGGAAUUUCUGCCUCUCCACCUCCACUACAUCAUCCAAAAAAUUUAUAUUUUGGAAUGCUGCCAAAAGGGCCAGUUCCGCCAUCAAGACCUAGCGGAGGAAUUUCUGCCUCUCCACCUCCACUACAUCAUCCAACAAACUUGAAUUUUGGAAUGCUGCCAAAAGGGCCAGUUCCGCCAUCAAGACCUAGCGGAGGAAUUUCUGCCUCUCCACCUCCACUACAUCAUCCAACAAACUUGAAUUUUGGAAUGCUGCCAAAAGGGCCAGUUCCGCCAUCAAGACCCAGCGGAGGAAUUUCUGCCUCUCCACCUCCACUACAUCAUCCAACAAACUUGAAUUUUGGAAUGCUGCCAAAAGGGUCAGUUCCGCCAUCAGGACCUAGCGGAGGAAUUUCUGCCUCUCCACCUCCACUAUAUCAUCCAACAAAUUUAUAUUUUGGAAUGCUGCCAAAAGGCCCUGUUCCACCAUCAGCACCGAGCAAAGGCUCUUCUGAUUCUCCUGCUCCACCAAGUCGUGUUUAA